AUGCAAGUCAAGCCACUCUGCGACGUAAUCAUCAGACACAGCUACAUCUCAAUGAACUAUUAUCACAUCAACUCCUAUGAAAACUACAUCUAUAUACUCGGUGGAUUGCACAACAAUCAACGUUAUUCAGUGGAAGAGAAUCUGUGGAAACCAUUCUAUGAGAAUGAUACUCAAACAUCAAGAGAUACUUGUGCUUCCGAUAUCUUCUUAAAAUUUAAAAAGAUUUUUGCAAAUAAUGAUAACAACAACUUUAAAGUUAUCAACAUAUCUAAUUAA